AAACAUGGAUCGGAAUCGUCAAUAUUUUUCAAGCUCCCAAAACUAAACAUGUCAUCGAGUCCAACUCGUUCGAGAGACAUUAACAUUGACGACGGCACCACACCACCGUACCAGCUCUACUGGUGCUACCACUGCAAUCGGACGGUGCAGAUUGCCUCCAACAGCCCAUCAGAGAUAGUCUGCCCUCGUUGUUUCGGGCAGUUUCUCUCCGAGUUUGACAUGUCGAUUAGGCCUAGACUGCUCGUAGACUACACCAGUUUCGAUCCAUCCCCAGAAGCUCGUCUGCUGGAAGCACUUUCCCUCAUGUUCGACCCGUUCAUGGGACCUUUUAACCGUGGAUUAUUUGACCCAGAGGCUGAUCCCGGAGGACGACGCCACCAUGAGCAUGAGGGCGGGGGAACAGGUAUAGAACCUGAAGUUCGAGAUUUGUGGACAAACAGGAGACGGCGGCGGCGGCACAACCGUAGCUUUGAUGGUGGAGAAAACCGGGAACUAGAACCCGAACCCCGUACUCGAAACCGUCCCAGGACUUGGAUUAUUGUCCGACCCGUCGAUAAUCCCUCUAAUCCCGUGGGACCCACUUCCCAAUCACCUGAAAACCCAAUGCUGCCCGUUCCACGUGGAGUCACUCUAGGAGACUAUUUGUUUGGGCCGGGCCUUCAAGGACUGAUCGAGGAAUUAACUCAAAACGACAGGCCCGGCCCGCCUCCAGUACCAGAAUCAGCAAUCAACGCAAUACCAACCGUGGAAAUAAGCGAGGCCCAUUUGAUCAACGACUCCUGCUGCCCAGUUUGCAUGGAGGAGUUUAAGGUUGGUGGAGAGGCGAGGGAGUUGCCAUGCAAUCACAUAUACCACAGCGAUUGUAUUAUUCCGUGGCUGAGGCUUCACAACACUUGCCCGGUCUGCCGGGUCGAGAUUGCGGUAUCUGGUGGUGGAUUGGACGAGUCGGGGGGCUCAAAUAGUGGCGGAGAGAGGCGUGGAAGGCGUCGGUUGGGAUCAUUGUGGCCAUCUCGAGCAAGGUAUCGUCGAAUCGAGCCACAAGGUGGUAGUGCUGCUUCCACUUCUGGAGCUGGUGAUCCAUGGUGGUGUUCUUGCAAUAUUCUUUAGCCCUUAAUAUAGCCCUGUUAAUUACGCCAGAUGCCGUUACGUUGGCUAUUAUUCCUCUCCAUCCCUCUAUCAUACGCUCAUUUCUAUCUCUAAGUUAAGCAGGAAAUUACAACACAGAAAGCUUGAUCAACAUUUGGUUAAAAGCUGUUCGUGUUUUAACCGUGAUGACAUUCUGCAGCGGCAAUCUGGUCCUUCAGAUAACAAUCGGCACUCAACGCCGCAGCAAAACCUUAAACCUUCCACCAAAAUACUGUUUCUAAUGUUCCGAUACU